AUGAGCACUACUGAACUACACCCAUCGAAACUUGGUACAAAAGAGCACUGGGACGAUGUUUAUGAAGAGGAAUUGCGAACCUUUGAGGAGAUCGGGGAAGAAGGCGAAAUCUGGUUCGGCGAAGAGAGUAUCGAGAAAAUGGUAGAAUGGUCACUUGAAAACUUCCCACCCGCUCCUGAUAGAUCAAUUUUGGAAGUCGGCAGCGGUAAUGGGACGCUACUCUUUGGCCUCCUCGAGGCUGGUUACGACCCCAAAAUGCUUCAUGGGAUAGAUUACAGCGCUGGUGCCGUUACACUCGCGAAAGGAAUUGCCGCGAAAAAGGAACGAGGGUUGGAGAUCACGUUCACAAGAUGCGAUUUCCUGCAAGAGGACCCCCAACGACCAGGUAUCCGCAGUGCUGACACUAUCAGUACGGAGGUGUGGGACUUCCUCAUGGACAAGGGAACGUACGACGCGAUCGCGCUGGGACAAAGAGAUGAAAAUGGAAAUUCUCCAGCUGUACACUAUCCGGGUCGCGUCUCACGCCUGCUGAAGUCAGGAGGAUUUUUCUUGAUAACGUCGUGUAACUUCACCGAGGAAGAAUUGAAGGCGAACUUUACAGGCGACUCUGGCGCGGGGCUAAUAUAUCAUUCCCGGAUCCAGCACCCUACAUUCACCUUUGCUGGGAAGAGCGGCAGCGUAUGCUCUAGUGUGGCCUUUCGAAAGAAGUAA